GUCCCAGCUCCUACUAACCACCUCUCAUUCCUCAUCUUCAUCACCGCAACACAUAUACACAGAUACCACCACCAUUACGUAAUUACGUUCAAACCUUACAAGCUACAAAGCUUUCUUCUCCAAUCUCGGUCCCAUCCCAUUUCAAAGAUCAUGACUUUAUACCUCAGCUCCCCACCAUGGCUCUGUCGUACAUCUCCACCCCUCCCCUCUUAUAACAACACCAACGCCUUGUUCUGCAGACUAAGCUCGACUUCUGUCAACUUCCCGAAGCUCAUUACAACAAAGGCGUCGUCUUUGGGCGAGAGUGAAAGUGCUAGUGGGAUUGCAGAGGACUCUGUUUCUGAGCUUUUGGACGAGGACUUGUUAAGUAUAGUUUCGGGUGCUAAAGAUGCCCAAGAAGUACUGAAGAUAUUUGAUGAAACGGCAGAGAGAAAAAAUGGAGGUGUAGUGAGUGUUUCUGAUUGUUGUGCUAUUAUCUCUGCUGCCCUGAAAAGGAACAACCCUGAAUUGGCUCUCUCUGUUUUUUACGAAAUGCGGGCCAGUUUUGAUCAAGGUGUUGAUGACAAUGGCCGGAGGUGGAAGUGGUCCAGACCAGAUGUGAGUGUCUACACAUCAUUAAUUCUGGGUCUGGCUGCAUCAUUGAGAGUUUCUGAUGCCCUUAAGAUGAUCAACAGUAUAUGUCGAGUCGGAGUGUCUCCAGCUGAGGAGGUUCCAUUUGGAAAAGUUGUGAGGUGUCCAAGCUGUAUGAUAGCUGUUGCUGUUGCACAACCGCAACAUGGUAUUCAGAUAGCAUCCUGUGCAAAGUGCUCCUACCAAUAUGAACUUGUUUCUGGCAACAUAGACAGUAUUGCGUCAGAAGAAAUCGGCAUGGAUAUUCCAGCUUGGAAAAGGGCACUAAGAUUCCUGCAGAUAUUGAAGCAAAAGAUUCCUGCUGCUGUUCACUCCAUUGUGGUACAAACCCCUUCAGGUAUGGCUCGUACACAUAGGUUUGCCACUGAAACAGUUGAUCUCCCAGCACAGGAAGGAGAAAGGGUAACCAUUGCUCUUGCAGCUCCAUUAAGUGUAUAUAGAGAGGUGGGUCCCUUAAAAUUUAGUCCAAAGGCCCCUAAUUUUUACCCUAGUGAGCCUAUCUGCCUGACAAACCAUGAGGAUGGCCGCGAGUCACAACUAUUAAGAGCCCCUACAAAAGAUGGUAGCACGUUGCUUACUAGCCCCUCCAUGCUUUUUCCAAUUGUUGCUGUUUUGGCCACCGGCAAUGCUGCCUCCGGAGUUAUAGACCCCAGCCUCCCUCAAUUCCUUUCAGUCGCUGCACUAACGUCUCUUGCUGUUGGAGUUACUCUCAAAACGUUGGUUUUGCCCCAAUUGAAUCGUCUUCCUCAGAGAGUAGUGGAUACAGUUGCGAUCAAACAGCAGCUAUUAUCUCAAUAUGACAAGCUCCAAUCUCGUAUAAAGGGCCUCAAAGAAGCUGCUGAAAAAGAGGUCUGGAUGUUGGCUCGGAUGUGCCAGCUUGAGAACAAAAUUUAUGCUGUAGGAGAGCCUUCUUACCGUGCUCGGAGAAGUAAAGUCAAAAGGGUUCGAGAAGGCUUGGAAAAUUCUCUCAGGGGAAGAAUUGAGCUGAUUGAUAGCUAUGCGAGGAUUUCUUCGAUGAUCGAAAUUGAGGUAGAACUGGACUCUGAUGUUCUUGCUGCUGAACAAGCAAGCAAUGUGGAAAAUAUUGCAGAACAAAUACAACAAACAAUGGAACUAGAAAAUCUUGAAGAGAGAUGGAGAAUACAAGUUGAAGCAAAUGAUGAGGCAGAAAGACUUCUUAGUUCUGAACAGAAUCGAUAGUAGGCAUGACUGUGCAGAAGGAAGAUUGUGACUUCAGAAGGUAGCUGCUGCUUGUUCAUGUUCUGAUGAAGAAUGUCUUGGAGAGUUGGAGUCCCUUCAGAGCUCGACUUGUAUAGGCCUUUUAAAACUGACAAUGGUCAUAGAAAAAUUUCUUAUUAAUCACCACAUUUGUAAGUGUAUCAAGCUCUUAAUUUCAGAGAAAGAUGUGGAUAUUGAUUUAGAUAUUCAUGUAACUAUGACCGGCGUAAUUUCAUUGGAAAAAGUGGUAUUACAAUUUUUUGUUUUA